AUGAAGACCUCAUUCCUACUCAUCGCGGCUCUCGCCGGAAUAUCCAUUGCCGAGGACACCACGACCGUCGGCUACUUCGGUGCUGACUGGACCAGCAUCGAGAUCCCCAGGUACAAGAGCACCGCCGCCAGCGUGGCCGGUAUCAACGCCGUGGCGACCACCUACGCCGUGGCCUGUCUCAAAGACGCACCCACCUCCGACUGCCACAUCGACAAGCCCUGGACCCUCAUCCAGGGCUCCGAGACCUACAGCUUCACCGGCGUCUACACCGCCUGGGAAUCCGGCAAAGAUAAAGACAACGGCGUCACCGUUACCCGCGAGCUACAGUGCUCUUUCACCUCCUUCUCUGAAUCCGCUGGCUGCUCUCUUAGCUACGAGGCGACCGGGAAGAUGGACGGCACGUCCUAUUCGACCGGCACGACUAGCUCGUCGACCUUCGGCACCGAUAAGGUCGAUUACUACGAAAUGCCGGUGACUGCCGGGUUAUCGUCGUUCACGGCUCCUCAGGCAACUGAGACGCCAGAUGCUGCGAGGGCUGCAGGCCCUGCUAGGGCUUUGAUCACUGCGGCUCCGUUGGCGGCUGCGGCUGCGGUUGCUAUUUUCUAG